GAUCGUCGUCGUCUGCUGUCUGCAAAAAUAAAAAUUUACGAAUUUCUAAAAUCUGAUCUGUUUUAUUUGACGAAAAAAAUGUAAACUGAAGUAAUUUUGAAGAAUGUAAAGAAUUAGCUCAACGUUUGUAUGUGGCUAUAAGACAUAGGCCUACUUUCAAAGAAGACUGGGAGCUUUACUUUUUUUGCAAUAUAUAAUAUUAGGCCUAACAUAAAAUGGCUAUUCCAAAAAUUAUGAAGUUAAACAUACCAAAAAUGUAUUCUCAGUGUUUACAUUUAAAUAGUAAAAUUUGUGCUGUAUCUUCUGUAAAAGGUGUGAACCACAAUGCAAUCCACACCAGUCCCAAAAAUAGUUUAUUUUUUGAGUCUGAUCCAAAGGGUGAAUACAAGAAAUUUCGACAGAAACUAUCUCCUAAAGAUCAUGUUAGAAAUGGACUUAAACUUGUUAGAGAGGAAAUCGAAGUUUGGAAAGGUGAAGUUAGAGAUGCUUGGGAAGGAGAGUUUUUCCUUAAAGGAAUGCCAGGUGUGAUGGAUGUGGCUUUUGAGUUCAAAUGUGAGAAUGAUCUAUCAAGAUGGAUUGCAACAAGUGAUAAGGAUAAUUUAGAAGGAGAUAGCUCUUGUCAACUGGUUAUCAAUGAUAAUGGCAAAGGUCUCUUUACUGGAAAUUUGUGUGUGGAAGUCCCCAAGGAUGGGAAACUGAAGAGGACUGGUUACUGUAACAUACGAUCAAUACGUUGUAAGAAGUCGUUCCAACGGGAAUCACAUUAUGACUGGGGAAUGUACACACACCUAGUAUUGAGGGUGCGAGGUGAUGGUAGAACCUAUGGUCUCAACCUCUCAACUGCUGGCUAUUUCGAUAUCACCUGGAAUGACAUGUACCAGUAUGCUUUGUUUACUCGAGGAGGCCCUUAUUGGCAGUAUAGUAAGAUUCCGUUCUCCAAGUUUUUUUUUGCAAGCAAAGGUAAAAUUCAAGACAAACAGACACCAGUUCCACUAAAUAAUAUCUCAAGUCUGGGAAUCACAAUUGCUGAUAAGAACCAAGGGCCUUUUUGUCUUGAGAUAGAUUAUAUCGGACUUGAGUUCGACCCUACGCACACAGAAGAGUUUGCUUAUGAAAUGUAUAACAUCCCUGGAGGGCUGGCACAGAACUAGGAGAAAUCUUUGAAAAGAGGGAUUUCUCUUUUUAUAAAAUAUACUCACAUGUUUGUAAAUGAUAACAUUAGGCUAUUAAUGUUUUAAAACAAAUUGAAGGGUGCAUUUUAUUGUAUAGUGUAUAUAUGUAGUUAGUGCUGAAAUAUAUUGUUUAAAAUAAACUAAUGUUACAUAACUAUA